GUGUCGUCUCCUUCGUCGUCCGGAUGCAAUUUUCAAUCCAAAUCCAAAAUCCGCGACGUGUAGUUGCACAGAGGGUGCAAUCCGGCCGACUUUUUUUUAAUGGGAAGUGAAAAGUGAUUAUUAUGCGAUAAAAACUCCGGAAAAUAUCAGUUAUCUGUGCACAAGUCUGAGAGGAAAGUUUGUAUACUAACUGCGGAUCGUUAUUUAUACAGGAAACUAACCUAAUCUGCAAUAAUGGUUGAAGAAACAAUUAAAGAAGAGCAAGAACAGUCGAAGAAAGCUGCAAAGAAGGCAGCAAAAGAUGCCGUGAAGGCCGCCAAGAAAGCUGAACACAAGGCGGUCGCAGCCGCCGAAAAGGGUCAGCAGGAGACGACCGGAGACGAGAGCAAAGAUUACUCGGUCGGCCUGUAUGGUGUGACCAAAAUGAUUCAGAGCACGGGCAAACACGCUGACCGAAAUUUCGUAAUGGUUCACGAUUUGUCCGCCUGCACGAAGGACGCUCUGGUGUGGGUUCGGGGGCGAGUCCACACGUCGCGUGCUAAGGGCAAACAAUGCUUCCUGGUGCUGCGACAGCAGAGCAGCACCGUUCAGUGCGUGCUGGCUGUAAACGAUAGCACCGUCUCCAAGCAGAUGGUUAAAUUUUCAGGAAGCGUACCACGCGAAAGCAUAAUCGACAUCAAGGCCAAAGUGGUCCAAGUGGAAAGCAAAAUCGAAUCCUGCACCGAACAGAACCUAGAGCUUCAUGUACUGGAGAUUUAUCUUGUUUCGGCGGCGAAGGCUCAGCUACCGUUGCAAAUCGAGGACGCAGCGCGCCCGGAGAAGUCCGACGAUCCGGAAGCGUUGAAAAUUCGCGUCAAUCAAGAUACUCGAUUGGACAACCGUGUGCUUGAUUUGAGAACUCCUGCCAAUCAGGCUAUUUUCCGUCUAGAAGCGGGCGUGUGCAAACUGUUUCGUGACAUUCUGACAGACAAAGGAUUUACGGAAAUUCACACACCGAAGAUUAUUUCCGCUGCUAGCGAGGGUGGCGCCAACGUGUUUACGGUCAGCUAUUUCAAGGACUCGGCAUAUUUGGCCCAAUCUCCACAGCUCUACAAACAGAUGGCGAUCGCAGCCGACUUCGACAAAGUGUUCACGGUUGGCGCGGUGUUUCGCGCGGAGGAUUCCAAUACGCACCGGCAUUUAACCGAGUUCGUUGGUCUCGAUCUGGAAAUGGCCUUCAAAUAUCACUACCAUGAGGUUUUGGACACCAUCGGCAACACCUUCACGGAAAUAUUCAAAGGACUGCGCGAUAAUUACGCUCGUGAAAUAACGGCUGUUGGUCAGCAGUACAACGUUGAACCUUUUAAAUUUCUGGAACCUCCACUGAAGCUAGAAUUCGCCGAUGCUGUCACUAUGUUACGGGAAGCCGGCGUCAGUAUGGAUGACGAAGAGGAUCUUUCGACGCCAAGUGAAAAGCUGCUCGGUAGAUUGGUGAAGGCAAAGUACGACACCGACUUCUACAUUCUGGACAAAUUCCCUCUGGCGGUGCGACCCUUCUACACGAUGCCCGACCCAAACAAUCCCAAGUACUCUAAUUCGUAUGACAUGUUCAUGCGAGGCGAAGAGAUCCUGUCCGGUGCACAACGUAUCCACGAUCCGGAAUAUCUAGUUGAACGCGCCAAACACCACGCGAUAGAUAUUUCAAAAAUAGCCGCCUACAUCGAAGCGUUCCGUUUCGGUUGUCCACCACAUGCCGGCGGUGGAAUCGGUAUGGAGCGCGUCGUCAUGCUGUACCUGGGCCUCGACAACAUCCGGAAAACGUCGAUGUUCCCACGCGACCCGAAACGACUUACGCCCUAAGCAUGAUGACUAUGGCUAAUAUCGACAGCACAGUUCCCAGUUCAUCGUUUUGUUUGUGUUCACCUAUCGUUCCAUUCCCCGUAUAGGUAUUUUGUUUUCGAAGAAUUCCAGAUAGUUUCAGGUUUGUUCCGCCACGUACAUAGAGUGUCCGUUGGAACGUUUUUGAAUGCGCGAGCGCACAUCCGUUUUAUUAUUUAUUGCUUAUGAGGGAAUCGAAAAUGUCACAGACUGCGUCGAUCACAUACGAACAGUAGAAUAAAAAAGACUUCAGAUUUUCUUUGAAAACUGAUAUUUAACAUCGGCUAUUAGACAACAAAUCAGAGGAAAUCGGUACGAACUGAAUGGAUACUUAACCGGAACCUGAAAUGCAAGAGAAUGAAACAGCUUCCCUUAGAAUAGUGAUUGUGAGCAAUAGCAUGCCGGCAGAAGAGCGAUCAAACUUGCAAGAACUUUUCCAAUGUCUGAGGUGAACGUGAUCUAAAUAAUAGAUAAUAAAUGAUAAAUACAAAAUAAUUGCUACUUA